CUGUAAAUUUAAGCGCAUUUCAAUGUAGUUGCUGCACAAGAAACUAGUGCCAAUGAACUAGUUUCAAGCUGAACGGUUGCCGUUGACUUUGGGCAUUGUACAACACUCUUUGUUUUGCGUGACGUCAAUUUUGCUCCGUUUAUGUUGAUUUUGAAAUUUUUAAAAACUUCGUUUUGCCUACAGAUGUUUUGCGCUGUGGAAGAUUGCGCAAACCCAAAAUCGAAAAAUCGUUACUUUUCAUUUCCAAAAGAUGCCAAACUAUGUGAGAAGUGGGCGCUUUUCUGCCGGCGCACGGAUAAGAUUAAUACCAAGCUGGAGAAGAUCUGUGUGAAGCACUUCCAGGCCGACGACUUUGAAAGAGAUUUGCCCUACGAGCUGGGCGUAUACAGCAAGCCACGCCCAUUAAAACUAAAGCCGAACUCGGUACCCAGCGUACAUAACAAGCAGGAGGAGGAGGAGGAGUACCUAGAGAUCGGUUACGUUGAGGAGCAGAAAGCGUUUAGCCAUGGGCUGGAAUCGAAGAAAUCGCGCCAAGCAAAGGCUGUGGCACAGCGUAAACAAGUUGUGGAUGCGCUCAUAACGGAAUAUGAUGAGCAGCAGCACCAGCUGGACAAUGAUUCCAUGGGCAGCGAUGCCGAUGAGGAAGAUGAUCUGGAAGAGCUGCCGGUCGAGGAAGUUGUGCAGGUGGUGGUCGAUGCCGAGGCCUAUCUCACAGCUCUAGAGCGAGAAAACACGAAUCUGAGGCGUGAGAACUUUAAAAUGAAGCUUGCCGCGGCAAAAGAUGCGGCAACAAUAGACAAGCUGCAAAAGCAACUGGACAAAUGCAAGGAGCGCCAUGAUGAAUUGCUAGACAAUCUGAGUAAAACCUUCUCCAAGGCACAAAUCCAAAAACUGCAAAGCGGCAAACGCCUUGUCUGGCCCAAACGAGAUCUGCGCGAUUCCUGUGUGCUCUAUGCAACCAGUCCAAGUGCCUACAAUAUGCUGCUCCAAAAGGGCUAUCCCUUGCCGUCCAAGAGAGCGCUGCAGCAUUGGGAGGCCACGCAGCGUGUCCGGCGGGACGACGAUGAGCUCCACAGCUGCGGCACGCCAGCUCAAAUCGAGGAGCAGCUGCAACAGGAGAACACCAGCCAGCUAAUAGAAGUUUUAGACAUAACGCAUGUGGAUCAUAAUUAUGUUAACAAUACAAUAGCCGAGCUUUAAUUAUGUGUGCGAUUAUUAUAGUAGCAUAUUUAUAAGUUAAACAUUUGAUUAGCAAUAGUAUUUAUGUGCUUAUGAUAAUGAUUUAAUUAGAUUAUAUGAAAAAGUUUCUAGAAAACAAUAAGAACAUUUGAUUUUGAUAAUAAUGCAUUUAUUUGAAGCAUAUUCAUUUGAACUAAAACUAAAAUUUUAUACUGUGCCGCACAAGCGCAGCCCAUAUAUAAACUUGGCAAUUGGACUAUUCCCACGUUUUCAUAAACAUUCACUUAGUCGUUUCUCAUAAUUGUUUAAAAUUUAGAAUUUGCAUAACUAGGAAUAUAAAUUUAUAUAUAUAUAUAUAUGUAUAUAUUGCGACUUGUUUACACAGACUCUAUAUAUAAGAACUAAAGGAGGCAAAUGAGGAUUGCAUAGGAGGCCGCACAGCUGACACUUAGAACAUCAUCAUCAUCAUCACGAUCAUCAUCAUCAUCAUCAUUAGUAGACAAUUAAC